AUGAAUCAGCAGUUGGCUGUUGAACAGUGGAGAGAACAGGUUGGCUUCCGGGUAGAGGCUCGCAUAGCCCUUUACCAGACUCGCAAGCAAGACAAUUCGCUCAGAUCGAACAACCAGCGGCCAUGUCUACGUACAGAGCACAAGCUAUUCCAGAUUCCCGAACUAUUGGAUAUGAUACUCGACAUCGCGGGACCCAAAGCUCAAAUUCAAGCAUUACUUGUCUCGACUGCGUGGCGUACCUCCACAAUUUCCGUCAUAAGCAGUCUCACGAAUGUGAAUGCGCUGCGCUCUCUACCGCUCUGUACGCCCACAGAAUAUGGCGAUAUUAUCGAUUGGGAAGGCCAGGGCCCGUUGCAACCUGGUGAUGAAGAUACUGCGCAAUUUGGUCGCCAUGUUGCGCGCCUCCUUGACAUGCGCAAAGGCUUCAAGUACAUAUACUUUCCAGCGUAUUUCGCACAGUCACCUGGGCUACCGGAUACUGUCGCGCAUAUCCUGAAUGAUCUGGAUGUGAGCCAACGCGACUACUCCCGGGAACAUGUGUUGUCGGUGUCGCGCGACGCAGACCUAUACUGGCUUGACCUCAGUCAGUUCCGGAUAAACUCGUACUUUGAGUCAUUAUUCUCCGACGGUUGCUUCAGACAACACCUGGGUCGGUGGGAAAUCAACCUACGCCCUGACGCCACGUUUCGUACACUCCUUAUCGACGCAUCAGCUUCAAAUGCGCUUCUCCUUGAGGCUAUCAAAUCGAUGCAGGUCGUAUAUCCGCCAUGCAAGAGUCUAGGAAUCUACCACUUCGACCCGGGCACGCUUUCAUGGCGUGGAACAUACGUGUUCAUACGAAGACUUCGUAGAGACGAUGGUAUACGUAUUGGCGACCUUGUUGAAGCACUUCAAGAAGCUGUGCCAACUAUACACUCUACGUGGAUGCAGCGCGCGGAGCAGCUCCGUGAGAGAGUCAAACAGGGUCACUGGAUAGACGACUUCUGGAAGAUCCCCGGAACACCCAGAUUCCGAAUCCAUCUAGACAGAUGCGAUAUGACUGAUGAAUACCUUCCAGAGAAAUUCCCUCAAGAGUGGUGGAACGCGCCUGAGGCAGCCGUGGUAGAGCAGUUCGGCUCCGCUGCCCAUAUCACUCGCGAUGCAUACAUGUGCGCCGGAUCGUUCAGGGCAGCCAGGGAGCGUGAAUGGAUUCCAGAAGAGCUCUUUGAGCCCAUGAAGAGCGAGACAGAACGGGCCCCGAUAAACUGGAACAUCUAG